AUGGGAAGACAAAAACAAAUUUCGGAGAAACUGGCAGCGACCUUUCGCAUCCGGCGUGCGCUCCUCCAGCAGGCCCUGGCAGAGUGCCUGGGAACCCUCAUUUUGGUGAUGUUCGGCUGUGGUGCGGUGGCACAAACACUGCUGAGUUCUGGAACCCAGUGCACAUUCCUCACCAUUAACUUCGCUUUUGGUUUGGCCGUGACGCUGGGCGUUGCUACAAGUGGACAAGUCUCAGGUGGCCAUUUGAACCCAGCCGUGACCUUCACGCUGCGUCUCCUUGGGAGGGAGCCUUGGAAGAAGUUCCCUUUGUUCUUCGUCUUCCAGAGUCUUGGAGCCUUUCUGGGCGCAGUCGUCGUCUUCGGCAUGUAUUUUGAUGCAUUAUGGGACUUCGGCCAGGGGCAGCUCAUUGUGGUGGGGAAGAAUGCCACGGCUGGGAUAUUUGCCACAUACCCGGCCAAACAUCUCACUCUGAUUAAUGGAUUCUUUGAUCAGAUUAUUGGAACAGCUGCAUUGAUCUUGUGCAUUCUGGCUAUAGUUGAAGAGCACAGCAGGCCAGUUCCCCCAGGUCUGCAGGCCUUCACCGUGUUAGUCGUCGGCCUGUCGAUGGGUUAUAACGCUGGCUACGCCGUCAACCCGGCCAGAGAUUUAGGGCCACGCCUCUUCACGGCGUUUGCCGGCUGGGGUUUGGAGGUUUUUACGUGA